AUGUGGCAAGACUCAACAGAUAAUUCACAAAGACUAACUAAUUGUUUAAUAAAAGUAUUAGAAAAUAAUAAUACUCCACAUGAAAUUAUUCAAACAAUAUUAAAUUUAUGUGAAUUUAUGGAAAGAGAAGGAAUUAAAGUUCCUAUUAAAUCACUUGGGGAUUAUUCAAAGAAAUGUAAUGCAUAUGCUAAAGCAUUACAUUAUAAAGAACAAGAAUUUCUUGAAAAUGCUAAUAUUAAUUUGAUUGAAGAACUUAUUGGAUUAAAUAAUCAAUUACAAAAUUAUGAUGCAGCUGCUGGGUUAAUUGAAUAUACUAAACAAAUUAAACAAGUUCAAAAUAAUGAUACAGAAUUAAAUCAAACAUGGUAUGAAAAAUUAGGAAGAUGGCAACAAGCAUUAAGUAUUUAUGAAAGAAAAUUACAAGAAGAUAUUAAUAAUCCAGAACUUCUUGUUGGUAAAUUAAAUUGUUUACAUGAACUUGGAGAUUGGGAAUCUCUUGAUACAACAGCAAAAACAUUAUGGAAAAUUGGAGAUAAAAAAGCAAUAUCAAGUGCAAGAUCAUUAUAUGCAGCAGCAUUAUGGUAUUUAGAUGAUUGGAAUGAAUUUGAUUCUAUUGUUAGUGAAAUGACUGAAAGUAAUUUUGAAAAUGAUUUCUUUAAAAGUAUUAAUUGUAUUCAUAAUGAAGAAUUUGAAGAAGCUAAAGCACUUAUUAAUCAACAAAGAAUUGCAUUAGAUGCAGAAUUAAGUUCAUUAGUUGGAGAAGUAUAUGAAAGGUCAUAUUCUACUAUUGCUAAGGCACAAAUGUUAGCAGAAUUAGAAGAAGUUAUUGCAUGUAAAGAAGGAUUAUAUAAUCAAGAUGCUAAAAGUAUUUUAAAAUCAGCAUGGAGUGAAAAAUUAAUAAAUGCUAAAGCUGAUGUAAGUAUUUGGCAAAAAUUAUUAAAAAUAAGAAGUUUUGUAUUAACAGAAACAGAAAAUAGUGAAUCAUGGAUUAAAUUUACAGGACUAUGUUAUAAAAGUGGAAAAUAUAAAUUAGCAAUGAAAACUCUUGAUAGAUUAGCUGGAAUUAAUAUUGAAAAUCAUCUUGAAGAAUUACAACCAAGUAAACUUCGUAUUGGAGUUCAAUAUCUUAAAUUACAAUGGAAAGGAGCUAAAGACCUUGAAGAAAAAAAGAGAUUAUUAAAUGUAUUACAAAAUUUUGCAGAUAUUAUUGAAGAAAGAAGAGGAGAUGAUUUAAAUCUAAAAGCAGUUGUAUGUUCAAAAUUAGGUGAAUGGAAUUUAUAUAUUGCACAAAAUAGUAAUGCAUUUAAUUAUGAAACUAUACCUAAUAUUUUAAUGUAUUAUCAUAGUACAAUACAAUAUGAUCCUGAAAGUUAUAAAUAUUGGCAUCAUUGGGCAUUAAUUAAUUUUGAAAUUGUUUCAUAUAUUGAAUUAGAUGAAAAUUAUAAUGAAGAAACAUUAGUAGAUUAUCUUAAAGUCAGUAUUGAAGCAUUUGUAAAAUCACUUAUUUUAACUAAAAAUAAUCAAACGUUACAAGACACUCUUAGACUUUUAACUAUUUUAUUUAAAUAUGGAAAAUAUCAAGAAGUAGAAGAAGCUAUUGUUGAAGGUAUUCGUGCUCUUCCUGUUGAUAUUUGGUUACAUGUUAUUCCACAAAUUAUUGCCCGUAUUCAAUCGAAUGUACCAGCUGUUAAAAGAGUAAUGACAGAUUUAUUAACUACUAUUGGUAAAAAACAUCCACAAGCACUUGUCUAUCCAUUAACUGUUGCAUCUAAAUCACCUUCAUAUGAUAGAAGAAAAACUGCUAUGUCUGUUAUUGAGAAGAUUAGAACAGAUUCUGGACAUCUUGUUGAACAAGCAUUACUUGUAAGUGAAGAACUUGUUCGUAUUGCUAUUUUAUGGCAUGAAGCAUGGCAUGAAGCACUUGAAGAAGCAUCAAAAGAAUUUUAUGUUAAUCAUUCAUUUGAUGGAAUGAUGGCAAUUUUACAACCAUUAUAUGAUCGAUUAGAAAAAGGAGGAGAAACACAAAAUGAAAGAGGAUUUUUACAGUCAUAUGGAAAAGAUCUUAGAGAUGCAUUUGAACUUUGUAUAAGAUUUAAAAACAAAGGAAAAAGAGCAUCAGAAAAAGACCAUGAUAUAGAAGGUGCAUGGGAAAUUUUCUUUAGAAUUUACAAACGAAUUCAUAAAUCUAUUAAUGCUGUUGCAGUAUUAGAAUUACCUCAUGUCUCACCAAGACUAAUGGAAGCACAUGAUCUUGAUAUUGCAGUACCAGGAACAUAUAAAGCACAAAAUGUUAAUAAUAUUAUUAGAAUUAAAUCCAUUGCACCAAAUAUAAAUAUUGUUUAA